UAUAAGGGCUACCAAAUGCGAUUAGUAAAACAACAUUCAUAAACCGAAAGCGUGGUAAAUGGCAUAACUAAAUUUACACAAACUAAAUGGAGAAUAGUGGAAAGUGUUAUUCUACUAAGAGAAGAAAAAUUCUUAAAAAGGUUGCUACUCAUCUAACAAACAUAUUCGACAAUUCACUAAGUAAUAACAUUUUGAUUGAACAAAAUUUUACAAAAUGUACAACUGUUACAGAUAGUCAAAUCAAUACCUGUGAUACUAAUUUAGAUAAUGAUAUAUGUCUACCUAAUUUUGACAUAAACAUUGCUGGAUUACAAAGUUAUACUAACACUGAUUACGAUUAUGUUGGUAUUUCCGAUUUUUCAUCUCCAUCAGACAUUCUCCUUCAUGUUCUGAUGUUUCUGAGCAAAGACUUACAUUCUCCUUCAUUUUCUGAUAAUGAGAGCAAAGAGUUCUGCAAGCGAAGAUUGUCUAUCAUCAGAUCUUGGUCAGUGGGCAUUAGAUAAUAAUAUUAAUAAUUUAGCUUUAAAAAAUCUUUUAAAUAUAUUGCAUCCACUUUAUCGCAAUUUGCCAAAGGAUCCAAGAACUUUACUACACACUAAAUCAGUUAGUAACAUCAACAACGUUACUAACCAUGUCAUUGCUUCGUGUACUAGUGGGGGUCAAUAUUAUCAUUUUGGCUUGAAAAAUUCAAUUCUUUAUCAGAUUACUACUGGGCAUAUUAAACUUACUAAACAACAUACACUUCUCCAAGUACAAGUUCACAUCGAUGGACUAUCUAUAUACAAAAGCUCAAACUUCCAAUUCUGGCCAAUAUCAGAGAUAAUAUGUGAAUCAAAAUUUACCGAAUCCAUAAAAGUAGUUAAUGAUAUAAUGGCUUCAGUGAUUUCAAACCAAAAUUCUCCAACUCAGUGUAAAAAUGUCAGCAAUGCUAUAUCAAACGAAAAUACGUAUUUAAAAGGUACAUAUAUCUUUAUGAUUAGGUUACUUUUUGUACUUUUUGUGUAUAAGUUUCAAGUUUUUGUUUUUUAGCUCUUUCACAAAUUUUUGUAACAUUGAUUUUUUAAAUUGAGCAGAUAAAAGCUCAAAAUGAUGUUAUUAUAAGUAGUCAAAUGCACCAAUUUGCUAAGCAGAAUAUGGAAAGUGGUAAUGUAGCACUACCACUUCCAAACAAUUUACAAUUGCCUUUGGAAACUGUUGAUCAGUUAACACAGCUAGAUGAUUUGUGUAAAGAUUGUGGUACUUACAGCAAUUUGUUAUGAUUUAAAAGUUUGAGUUUAUGUUAAACUACUCUCCAAAGUAGGCGGCAGUGAUGAGGUUGACGUGACAAGACGAAUUAUGAAACGUCUCAUUUCAACAAAGCUUGCUUGUCUUCUUAAUUUGAAAGGGGUUUGUGGGAAGCAUGGUUUUGGAAAGUAAAGUUUGAAAUCGGUUGUUGAAGGUAUGUACUUUUCUAAUUUAAAUUCUCAUUACUUUAUCUGUUUUCAUUGGUCAUAUUUUAUUCACUCUUAUAAAACCAUUGUCUUUUUGCAAAUAAUUGUUAUGAGCAAAAAUAUGAUUUGUUACAUGUUACUUUACGUUACAUGUUACCCGAAUUUAUAUUUUGUUAAUUUUGGUUUUCACUCAGAUGCGGUCCGCCAAAGUCCCUCUUCAGUUUUUUUUUUUUUUUUAAUUUUAAUUCACCUCCUCAAGGCCGAGAAGGCCACUACAGACGAGGAGGCUACUUAUUUGUGGCUAUAACCCUCUCUCAACUCUAUAACUCCGAAACACGAACCUUGAUGAACAAGGCCGCUGCGCGGAGAAACGAGUUGAGCGCGGUACUACCAGGGACGUGGUGAGGAUCGAACUCCGAACCACUCUUUUAUGAAGUAAACGCUCUACCACUACACCACUACCGCAUACCGCAGUUAAUGCAAAAGAUACCACUACCGCAUACCGCAGUUAAUGCAAAAGAUGCAUCUAUCAAUAAAAAUAUUCAAAGUUGGCUUCGACAAGCUGUAGAUAGAGAUGGUGGCCGUCAACGAAGAUAUGAAAAAUCGAAAAGUAAACAGACUAAUAUUUUAUUACCUUGAAAAUACUAUAUUGUUAAAAUAUUAUUUAAUUUUGUAAUGAAAACAUUGAAUUUUAUUAAAUUUAAUAAUUUAA